AUGAAAGGCUAUUUCAGCCUUUCUAUACUCCCGUUGCUCGUCGCGGCGUCCCCUGUCGUUGUUGACUCCAUCCACAAUGGAGCCGCCCCCGUUCUCUCGUCCAUGAACGCCAAGGAGGUUCCAGACUCCUACAUUGUUGUUUUCAAGAAGCACGUCAAUGCUGAGUCCGCGGCUGCUCAUCACUCGUGGGUGCAGGACAUCCACAGUGCUCAGAACGAGCGGGUCGAGUUGAGGAAACGCUCCCUCUUCGGGUUCGGUGAGGAGGCCUACCUCGGUCUGAAGAACACCUUCGACAUUGCUGGCUCACUUGUGGGCUACUCGGGACACUUCCACGAAGAUGUUAUUGAGCAAGUUCGCAAACACCCUGAUGUUGACUAUAUCGAGAAGGACUCCGAGGUUCACACUAUGGAGGAUCCCACUGUCGAGAAGAGCGCUCCUUGGGGUCUUGCCCGUAUCUCUCAUCGUGACAGCCUCUCCUUUGGUACAUUCAACAAGUACCUGUAUGCAUCGGAGGGCGGUGAGGGCGUUGAUGCCUACACCAUUGACACCGGCAUCAACGUCGACCAUGUUGAUUUCGAAGGUCGUGCCAAGUGGGGCAAGACCAUUCCUACCGAUGAUGAGGACGCUGAUGGCAAUGGUCACGGAACGCACUGCUCUGGAACCAUUGCCGGUCGGAAGUAUGGUGUCGCUAAGAAGGCCAACCUCUACGCCGUCAAAGUCCUCAGAUCAAGUGGCUCUGGUACAAUGUCCGAUGUCGUGGCUGGCGUCGAGUGGGCUGUCAAGUCUCACCUCAAGAAGGCCAAGGAUGCCAAGGACGGUAAGAUCAAGGGAUUCAAGGGCAGUGUUGCCAACAUGAGUCUUGGUGGUGGCAAAUCCAGGACGCUUGAAGCUGCUGUCAAUGCUGGUGUUGAAGCUGGUCUUCACUUCGCUGUUGCUGCCGGUAACGACAAUGCCGAUGCCUGCAACUACUCUCCAGCAGCUGCCGAGAAUCCCAUUACUGUUGGUGCCUCAACACUCCAGGAUGAGCGUGCCUACUUCUCCAACUAUGGAAAGUGCACUGAUAUCUUCGCUCCUGGCCUCAACAUCCUCUCCACCUGGAUUGGCUCUAAGCACGCAGUCAACACCAUCUCCGGCACUUCGAUGGCGUCUCCCCACAUUGCCGGUCUGUUGGCUUACUUUGUGUCUCUGCAGCCUUCUAAGGACUCGGCCUUUGCUGUAGAUGAGCUCACUCCUAAGAAGCUCAAGAAGGAUAUCAUCGCCAUUGCUACGCAGGGCGCUCUCACAGACAUCCCGUCUGACACUCCCAACCUCCUUGCCUGGAACGGUGGUGGGUCUUCCAACUACACCGACAUCGUUGCAAGUGGCGGCUACAAGGUCAAUGCCUCCGUCAAGGAUCGCUUCGAGGGCCUUGUUCACAAGGCCGAGAAGCUGCUCACCGAGGAGCUUGGUGCCAUCUACAGCGAGAUUCAUGACGCUGCUGUUGCAUAG